AUGAAGCGUUGGUUGAUUCGACGUGCUCGCUUCCCCUUGUCUCCCCCCCCUCCCCCUCCGUGUGGUCAUGUUCCAGAUGUUCAGAAGCAUCUGCAUGUCGAGUGGGACCCUGCUUCAGGUACUUUCAAGGGAAUGCCGGAAGAGUGGGCUAACCUGCUGCCCGAGGGGACGGCGGUCCAGACGAAGGCCGCGCCGGCUGUCAGCCCCAAGCACGCCAAGAGAAAUUCACACAUCGCCGCUCCGGUUCCUACCGUAGAGGCCAAGCGACGGUUCCGGUUGUGGGGCCGCAAUGACGGCAAGGAGCCGGAGGAGCCAUCGGUGGGUUCCGUUAUCGGAGCACCGUUUAACGUCCAGCACGUGACCCACGUCAAGCCCGACUCCCGCUCUAGCACAGGCUUCACGGGGCUCCCGGCGGACUGGCACGUGGUGCUCAAGGCCUCGGGGAUCACGAAGGAGGAGGUGGUGGAGCACCCACAGGCAGUCCUAGACGCUCUGGCCUUCCACAUGGACGGGCCGCAGGCCAAGGCGCAGCGGCCGAAGAUGCCUUCCAAGGAGGCCAUUGCCAAGACCGUUACUGAGGCGAUGCCGCUCAAGAAGGACGACCCGAUGCAGUUCUACACGGACAUGCGAAAGCUAGGCCAGGGCGCGAGCGGGACGGUGUUCGUGGGGACGGACGUGCGGACAGGGGAGAGGUGCGCGUUGAAGUUUUGUCCCGUGGCGGAAAUGGACGAUCUCAAGAAUGAGAUCGGCAUGCAGUGCCUCAGCAAGCACCCCAACAUCGUCACGCUGAGGGAAGCGUUUGUCACCAAGACGGAGGUGGUGAUCGCCAUGGACUUCAUGGAGGGAGGAUCGCUGACGGACACGCUGGGCACCACCGUGGACUUCAAGGAGAUGUACAUCGCUUACGUCUGCAGGGAGAUCUUGCUGGCCUUGGCCUUCAUGCACCACCAGUUCCGCCUGCACAGGGAUAUCAAGAGCGACAACGUGCUGGUGAACUUGGAGGGGAAAGUGAAGCUGGCGGACUUCGGCUUUGCAGCUGCGCUGACCGCGGAGCAGGACAAGCGGGCGAGUGUUGUGGGAACGCCGUACUGGAUGGCCCCGGAGAUAAUCAAGGGCUUGGAGUACGACGGGAAGGUGGAUGUAUGGAGCAUGGGCAUCACCGCGCUGGAGAUGGCCGAGGGGGAGCCGCCGCUGCUGCACGAGCCGCCGCUCCGCGCGCUGCUGCUCAUCAGCAUCAACCCGUCGCCACGCUUGAAGGACCCCAACAAGUGGUCGCGAGGGUUCAUCCACUUCCUGGCGUCGUCUCUCGACGUAGAGGUGGAGAAACGGUACACCGCGGACCAGCUUCUGCAGCACCCCUUCAUCCAGACGGCAUGCUCGGAAGCCGAGUUCUCGGCACACGUGCGGAAAAUGCUGGCCAAGAAGAAGAAGUAAAAGAACCCCCGCCGAACAGCAUCAGUGUAUCAUAGAGUACGGAGAUUAGCUUGCCCCCCCACCCCCCCCCACCCCCAUUUGAGGAUGGAUUUAACUGAACGAGAACCUUUGUAAUGCCCCUAGGGUCUCCCAGCCCACCGUUUUGUCUCGCUAUCGCGCUGCUUCGAAUCGGCCUGCUGAUUCGGUCACAACACAAACGUAUCCGAGGGGUUCGAGGGAGGGCGGGCAAAGAAUAACCGAGGGAGGAAGAGAUGCUUGUAUGCAGCAGCACCGCGCGGGCGGUGGGAUAUGUCUAUUGAUUGUCUGUCUGGUCCGUGUUUUCUUGGUCUCAAGGAAGGCGCACAAGUGUCGGUGUUGUUCGAUUUGACGUUCGUUCGCAGCCGACUAGAUCCGGAGACGAGCCUGUGGUGUUUUGUAGCAGAGUUCGGAGACACUUGGUACUUCCAGGUUUGGGCUGCUUGCUUGCAUGCCUUCGAUUGUUUUGUAUAUGUAUGCCGAGGGUGCGCGAUACAUAGCUCAAGCUCGAGCGUUGACGCCUGUGUAAAGCCACAGGCAUGGCAUUUUUUUAUUUGUUGGUGUAUGCUACCGGGGACGAGGGAAGAGCAGUUUUGACCUGCGGUUGUUCUGGGUGGUGAGUGCAGAAGAAAAGUGGCGAAGAAGAAGAGGAAGAGUAGUCACCUUUUGCUUCGCAUCAUUGGUGUCAGAUCCGCACCCGUAUGUAAGGGUUUUGAGUGUUUGAAAUUACAGGAUUAGGUUUGUUGGCUUAUUCACCAGCUCCGAUCCCGCUCGCGGAGAAAAUAAGAAGGGGGGGAGCGGGGAGCAGUUAGUUUCCGGUACGGUACCUACCUUGUUUAGGCGCAACCGUAGUGCCCGUGCUUUUUGCACCCGGGUCGGGGUGAAGUGUUUCUUCGUGUAUUUACUCUUU